AGUGAAAAAAUACAUAUCCUAUAAAUCAAGUGGCAUCUAUUUCUCCAUAGAAAUUGAGAUGUAUGUCACCUUACUUAUUAUGAUUUUCUUAUUCCUAUGAUAUUCCUGUCCUGUGAACCAAAGGAUGCCUUAGGAUUUUUAUUUUUGGAGAAGAUAAACCUUAGAGUUGUUACUGGUUUUCCUCCUUUUGGAUGCUAACGUUUUCAUCCUUCUUUUUCUUUCAUUUUAUAAUGAUUUUUUGCAGAUUAACGCGUAAAGAAGUAUUUUCAAAAGCAGAGAAGGCCUCUCACUCGCGGCAUUAAAGCAUCUCCAACAGAUUGGUAAAAUUGGGCACUCAAAAAAAGUUUUAGAAAAAAUUCUGUCAUAGUAGAUGAUGUAAAACAGCAUGCCCAACUAUGUUUUGCUUCUCCACAAUUGCAUGCAUAUUGAAACAAAUUAAUAUCAAGCUCAUCUCAAAUGAAUUCAAAACAAAUAUAACAUACAUAGUACAUAUUUAUUACAUAGUUCAUCAAGCCACAACAUCAAAAUUAACACAAAUUGUUCAUCAAACAUAACACCAAAUUGUUCAUCAUCACACAUACAUGAAACAUAGAGAUGAAACCAGUGGGCUUGUUACACAUACAUGCCUUGUCACACAUAACACAAAUUUUAUGCUGCUGCUGCAAAUUUGCAGCACUUGGGGCAAAAUUUUGGGGCUGCCCAAAAAUUUUGCAGCAUGAGAUAGAGAUAGGGCAGUUGUUGAAGCACCGUUUUUAGGUUCAAAUGCCCUAACAUAGUUUUUUGAACAUCUGUCCUAUUUUUACAUAUGUUGGAGUGCUCCUAGAGAUGCUUCUUUCUUACUUCGAGUCAGUUAAGUUAGAGCCAAGUAUGGGUGUGCGUCAGCCAGCGAGAAUAACGCGUGCGCUGCGACUGGCCACGGUGGGUGGACCUUAAGCACCAAGCAAUCCCACAUCAGCGUAAAGCAUUUGCGUGGAAGUAUCUUUGGACAGAGGAUCGUCAGACUUUGGGCCUCUUUUCUUAUCAGAACUAGAUUGGGACCCUUUAGCUGCUCGGCUUGUGAGUGUAAGAUUUAAUUGGGCUUGAUGUUCAGAAAAAGGCUUGAUGUUUCAAAAAAAAAGUUUUAAUUGGGCUUUAUAGGCUGACUUGUAUCUGGAGCUUGGUUCCCCUCCAAAAGAAAAAAAAAACUGGAGCUUGGUGACACGCACGACGGCAUCCAUUUCAUUCCACUGAUGACCAGAGGAAGGACGUGCAGACGAGUGCCACCCCAGGUUGCCGGCACCCAAACAAACAUGCAUGCCACUCUGUCGUCUUCACCAUCGCAUCCUUCUUGUUCAAUCUCACGCCCAUCCUCUCCUUCAUGCAUAUGUCUCAGCUUCGGUUGGCUCCAAGCAGUUAAGCUAGCGCGAGAUUGCGAACUUCAACAGGGGGCUAGCUCGCUUAGCCUUGCUGCAGUCCAAGCUCAAGGUUGCUUCUGCUUUCUGGCACUACUCAGCAAUGCUCGCACCCAAGCCCAACAGGGCAAGUCUGUCUGAACCUUCCAACCACAAGGAACCAGCUAGUUCCAGUUCCGGUUCCAACUACAGCAGGGCUCAUGCUUCAGCACCUAGAGUGAGCAGGCUAGCCAAACCUGCUGCUCCAGGAUCAAACAAGCAAGCAGCAGAGGCCAGGGCGCCUUCCCCACUGCACAAUGCUGCCCGUGCCGCCGCCACCGCUCCACUCGACAAGUCCAUCGACGCCGCUCAAAAGCCAUCACCAGGAGAACGCCGGUCGAACUUCAAGGCCUCGCCGCACCGUACCUUUACUACCCCCGACGUGAGACAAAAAACUCCCGACAGGCAGCCAAGGAUCGGCAAGGCGUCGGAGCUGCAGGCACAGCUGAACCUCGUCCAGGAGGACCUCGAGAACGCCAGGGAGCACCUGGCCAACAUCGACAGGGACAGAGCCCAGGUCCAUGACGACCUGGUGCUCACCAAGACGCUGGCCGACGAGGCCUACCAGAAGCUCGAGGAGUCCCUCGCCGCGCAGCGGCGAGCCGAAGAGGCGCUGGAGACCGAGAGGUUCAAGUCCGUCGAGCGGGAGCAGGCGAGCAUCGAGCUCGCCCGGAGGAAGGAGGAGGAGUGGCAGCGGAAGCACGCCGACGUCACGAAGCGCCAUGCCCAGGACGUCAAUUCCCUCGCUAAGGUGACUAAGGAGCUCGAGAAUGCCAAGGGUGAGCUGGCGGUGACCGCACAGGCCAAGAACUCGGCACUCAGCCGUGCCGACGAGGCCGAGAAGACCACACGCGGAAAUGCAAAAAGGAUGGAGAUCCUGAUGGCUGAGGUGGCCCGGCUCAAGUCUGAGACGGAGAGCAGAGAAAAAGGAGCAGAAGAGAUCAUCGACAAGCUGCGGUCCGAAGCUUCAGAGCUGCGAGCUGAGCUCCAGAGAGCAAUGGCGUUUCAGGAGAAGCUGGUCAGAGCAGAAGAAGUGGUUGAGGGGCUCAAGGUCGACAUUGCAUACGCCAAGAGGGCAGAGAUCGAUGCAGACCAGUCGGCGCAAGGGUGGAAGACCAAGGCAGCGGCGCUGGAAGAUCGCCUAGUGGCGAUCACCUCACUGAACAAAUCCAACGAGGAGGCACUGGCGUCGCUGACAAAGAGUUUCAAGGAAGCACAGUCGCAGCUCCUCCAGCUGACAGAGAAGGCUGCAGCAUCAGAAGGCGAAGCUAGCGAGUACAAGGAAGGAUUCCUCGAGACGAACAGGCGUCUCGACAUCGUGAGGAAGGAGGCAUCUGAACUGCAGGCUACCAUUGACAGACUGAGGUUUGAACACGAGCUACUGAAUGAGACACAUCGGCAGGUUGUCGGCAAUGAGAAGGCAGCGAGCUCGCAGGUCGGCGUGCUCGGCGGAGACAAGGUGAGGCUUCAGCAGGAGCUCGAUGAGGCCAGGGAGGAGAGGAACAAGGCCAAGAAAGGCGUCGAAGACGUAGCAGCUGCUCUACGUCAGGUGUCAGCAGAAGCAAGAGAAGCCAAGGAGAGGGUCCUGGCAAAGCAGAUCGAGCUGGAUCAUGCACAGCUUCAGAUAUCCGAGAUGAAGACCGCGACAAAGACCGCAGAAGACAAGUACCAACUGAUGCUUCAAGAAUCCAACUGCCUGAAGAAAAAGGUUGAGAUGCUGGAAUCAGAGGCCAAGAAUGUAAAAGAGAAGUACGAGUUGAUUCUUGAUGAAUCCAACUACCUCAAGAAAACAGUCAAGAGGUUGGGUUCAGAAGCCAAGACUUUACAGGAUGAUCGGGUGUCGAAGGAGGUCGGGUUUGCAGAAAUGCUCAGGAGAUCAGAGGAGGAGGCAAGCUAUGUCAAGUCAGAAAUGAGCAAGCUCAUGGAGUCGCUUGCAGUUGCAGAGAAGGAAGUGCAGGAGCUCAAGGCAGAGAAAACACAGCUGGUUCAUCAACUGGAAGAAGGAUUCAACCGUACCAUGAUGGAUGCCGCAAGCUCGAGUGCAGAACAACCAAUGGUGACCGAGAGCUCCCACCUCAAGGAUCUGUUGUCAACCAAGGAGAAGGAGGUGCUUGCUUUGAAUCAUCAAGUCACUGAGCUGCGGCUCAGAGAGGCAGCCGCUCUGGCGAAAGCCGACAAAGCCUCAAAAUUGAUGGAUGCCGCAAGCUCGAGGGCAGAACAAUCAAUGGUGGCCGAGAGCUCGCACCUCAAAGAUCUGCUGUCAACCAAGGAGAAGGAGGUGCUUGCGCUUUGGAUCACCAAGUCACUGAGCUGCGGCUCAGAGAAGUGGCCGCUCUGGCGAAAGCCGAUGAAGCCUCAAAAUUGAUGGAUGCCGCAAGCUCGAGUGCAGAACAAUCAAUUGUAGCCGAGAGC